AUGGCCUCAGACAUAUCUCACGACGCGGCCGCGAUCCCGGCAAGCGAGCUCGCCGUUAAGCUCCAAGUGAUCUCGCCUUCUGUCGGCGUCAACCGCCCACUGCUCUUCCCUGACCUCGCGGCUUCCACUACGGUGAAGGCGCUCAAAGCCAAGAUUCGCGAUGCCCUGCCGCUACAACCCCCCGACGAGUAUCAGCGCCUGAUCCAUCGUGGAAGGGCACUCGUCCGAGACACAGAAACCCUCUUGGAGAUAUUCGGCGAGGACACUAUUCGUUCCAAUGAACAGCAAACGAUGCACUUGGUGGUCAGAGACAUGAACCAUACACAAGUCCCGCCUGCACCGGUCACAACGACGAAUCUCCCGCCCCAAAACCCUGCGCCGAUUCCGAGAGCGACCAUACCAAUACAGCCCACGCCGACCUUCCCCAGGAGGAACCCCGUGCAGCCCGCCCUGGGCCCGACUCCUGGACCCGAACCAGCACGCUGGCGCACCGAACACGAGCGAGUCAUCCAGGCCCAAUACCGUGCUCUCCAGAGACAGGCGUCAAGGCCUCCUGCAGGUGGCCGUGAUAGUCCAGCGCCGCUUGGUCACUUUCGCGAGAGUGUCGGCCACAAUGGCCAGACAUACCAGGUCGAGACUAUUGUGCGAGGUCCGGCGGACGCAGGACUCACCCCGGCGGACGUCCAGAACGUCCUUCGCAGGGUCGACAUGUCGCAAGCCACGGCCACCUUGCACAGUGCCAUGCGUAGACCAGCUUCGGGCCCCUCGCUGCACCAAUUGUACAACCGACCCUUGAACCCGGCCGGUACGACUCCAAGCGGGCGUGCAACGCCAGACCCGACAGCGCGGUCGGUGAGUGGGAGCAGCAGCAACCCCGGGGGACAGGGGAGGCCGAACGUCGAUGUGUACAUCCUAUCGUCGCCUGAAGGGCCUCGAGGGAUCCUCGUCAACAACCACACAUCUGAGACGUACUAUACACCACGCCUCGAGAACCAGCCCAACCAGUCUGGGCUGCGUAACAUGUUUUACCCAGUUGGAUCUGCGCCUCCAACACCGGGACAGCCCCAGCCCACACCAACGCAAGCUCCAGACCAAGGCCAACAGCAACAGGCCCCUCAACCGCAAGCAGCGCCGCAACUUCAGGAUGGUCAGGCUGAUAGGGACAACCCGCAAGAACCUGGCAUCCCACCAUGGCUCAUAUGGCUAGUGCCCCACCUGUGGCUGCUCUUCCGCCUGUGCGUAUUUGUAUUCUUCUUCACGUCCUCGUCCACCAGCUGGUCGCGCUGGCUAUCCGUGGUAGGGACAGCCGUCGCUAUCUUCAUUUUCAGCACGGGCGCCUUGACAAACGUUGCUCAGGCAGCGUGGCGGCCUAUUGCUCAGCAUCUAGAGGGACUGCUGCCCAGGAUUGAGAGGAGAGACGCCGCACAAGGUGGUCCGCAGGGACAGCAACAGCGGCAGCAAGGCGAAGCGCAGGACCCCAACACUCGGGACAUGGCUGCGCGACUAGUAGCGCAACGUGACAGAGAUAGCGUCUUUCGGCAAAUAGAGCGGGCCAGCCUGCUGUUUCUGGCGAGCAUUGCACCCGGUGUGGCAGAGGGACACAUUGCCAAUCUGGAAGCUGAAGCCCGCGCAGAGCGCCAAAGGCUGGAGGCGGAAGCAGAAGCUGCCAGAAGGCAGUUGGAAGAGCAGACAUCCGCAGCAGAAGAGGCUGCAGAUGUGAACACAGACACGCAAGGCGAAGGCGAAGACGGGUACGGUACUGAGAGAUCUGAAUUCGCCGAACAUCAGCAGCAGCCAGCGACCCAAGCGAACCCAAUCACGACAUGA